CAUCGCAUUUUUAUGAAAAUGAAACUUUUUAUUAUUUUUGUCUUUACCGUUUCUGUUGUCCAAUGCUCCAAUGCUCCUGAUGUCAAAAUGCCUCCAAAAAAUCCAUGCAAAGCAUGUUCUAGUGUUGCCGAAACUUCGGACGAACAGCUGAUAGCAGAUAUGGGUACUAACGCUGAUGGAUGCUCAACAAGCAAAAUUACUUGUAAACAGGAACAAGGACAGACUUGUACACUGUCGAUUAUGGGACAGCCCCUGACCGAAAAAUCAUCCAUCAACCUACAAUGUAAUAACGACGGAACCUGGAGCGACAUUGGUGAUGAGGCACUAAAUAAUGUCAACCACGUAUCGUGUACAUGUACGCCGGAGCCAACAUCUUAACACCAAUCCCUUAUUUAAAACUUAUUAUUACUGCCGAUCAUUAUAGUUUUGAUUCCAGUCUAUCUAUCUAUCAAUGAAUAUAAAUAAAAUACAUAACGCCCGUCUU